CAUCAUCCUAAGACGAAGUCAUGAGUGAAAGGGAUUCCAUUAUUCUCCCGGUCUCAUCGCCCACAAACACCCGAUCAAAGCCUAGCCUCAGCGUCAACGACACUCCCCUUCGACGGUUUUUCGUGCUCGCGACGCCUCGACUUUUGAAUCGUAUUCUGCCCCGCCACGGCCCCGUUCUCAUGCUCUCCAAGCACCUCUGCAUCGAACACACCUCGAUUCCUAUUCCCAAAGUGCACUGCGCCUUUGAACGGAAAGGAUACAAGUAUAUAUUCAUGGAGACAUUGGAGAGGGUGCAAGGACAUAUCCUGAGGGACGACUGGCUAGAACGAAGCCAAGGCAUAUCGAACGUCGUAGGCGGACCAUUGUUUAAUGGUCGACCCCCUGGGGGGCCACAUCUGCGCGAAGGAUACGAAGGCGGAAAUGAAGAUGCGCCCGACGCGAACAGGCUUGUGGAAUGGCAUAACCAAUCUUGCGGCAAGCCAAUAUUCACACAUGGGGAUCCGAGCACAAUGAACAUUAUUGUUCGAGGAGACGAGGUCAUCGGGAAUAUUGAUUGGGAAACAGCGGGAUGGUGGCCAGAAUACUGGGAAUAUACGAGUGCAUGGCAUGUCAAUCCGUACAAUGAGUUUUGGAGAGAGGAGGUUGAUAAGUUUCUGGAGCCAAAGGUAGAGGAACUGGACAUGGAGAGGGCGAGGAGAAAGUUCUUUGGGGACUUUUGA